AUGCGCCUACUCAACACACGGACACUAGAGCUGCAAGAAUUUCAAGACGGCCACAGGCCCCCGUACGCCAUCCUAUCGCUCCGUUGGGGCACUCAGGAGGUCACAUUACAACACCUCCUGUCGCAGGAUCCACGGACCCAGUCGACUCUAUAUAGUCUCGAAGGAUGGCAGAAGAUUAUCAGUUUCUGCCACCAAGCCGCUCGCCAAGGGUUCGACUUCGGUUGGUGCGACACCUGCUGUAUCGACAAAACGAGCAGCGCGGAGCUAUCAGAGGUCAUCAACUCCAUGUUCCAGUGGUAUAGAGACUCGAAAGCCUGCUUGGCAUAUCUAGUGGAUGUCCAGGCGCCUUCUCCAAAGGACAGGAGCGCGGACGCCUUGUUUGAAAGCCUCAUGCAGUUUUUCUCGAAAGAUUGGCAGUACCUUGGCGAUAAGGCGACUUUAGGAACCGUUGUCAGCGUCAUCACUGGGAUCGACCAGGACACCAUAGAGGGUUCAGACAUUCGGAGGGUCAGCAUAGCCAGGCGGAUGUUUUGGGCUUCUCAGCGGACCACGACUAGGAAAGAAGAUAUCGCAUAUUGCCUCCUCGGCAUAUUUGGCGUCAACAUGCCUUUGCUCUAUGGCGAAGGAGAGCGAGCCUUCUCGAGACUACAAGAAGAAAUCAUGAAGGUCUCCGACGAUCAGUCGCUUUUUGCCUGGGAGGACCAAUGCGAAGAUGGCGAUGAAUUGUUGAUUGACACGGGCGAUGCCCUACUCCGUGGUCCAUUUGCCCGUUUUCCUGCCGAAUUCGCAAAUUCAGGCGAUAUCGUGCCGUACCGACAAAUGCAAACUAGCCGACCAUCUGCAACAACGAAUUAUGGCCUACAAGUCGACGUUCCCUUGUAUCGCCUCCGGAACAGCAGCGGAAAGGCACCCUUGUAUCUCGCCGAGUUGACGUGCCAUUAUGAAGGCGACUUCAGCGGUUCGUUGGGAAUCUACGUCCGGCCACUAAGAUCGGACCAGUUUGCACGAGACCAUGGGAAGCGUGCUCCAGUUGUUGUGGAUCCAAAACUUCAUUACCCUCCUGUUCAGUCGACCAUCUACCUCCGAAAAGACGUCUUUCUGCCUAGUACUGAAGAAUUCGAUCGGCACCACGGCAUCCUCGUACACCUCCACCCACCCGAGCACAGCUUCAAGGUCUCGUACGUGUUCCCGGCGGAGCAAUGGAUGAGGAUCAAGGGUAAAUCAACCAUCGUCCUCAAUCCAGGCCGCUACGCGGCAGUGGUCUUCAGGAACCCAGAUGACACUCUGAUCACCGUUCUCAUGAGCCAUGAGCAAACGAACGAGCUGUAUGAGAGCUAUGGCCACGACACGUGGGAAGUGAGCAAGUGCAGGUGCAAAGUCUUUAUAUACGAUUCGCCUAUGGGCACGUUCACUCAUGAAGGCUUAAGCUCCAUGGAAGGGCAUCUGAAGUACGAGGGAGCACGCACAGCACGCUUCGAGUCUGACCUUGAGGGUGGCACAGAUAAGACCUUCGCUGAUAUGCGUAAUGGGCGUAGGGUCGUAGCGAAAAUGAAGGAGACCAUCAUGGGCGAGCGUAUGAUUUUCGUCCACGUCAACAUCUACGAAGUCGGAGACGGCCUCUGCCAGCUAAGUGGAAUAUCUUCAGUCAAAGAUCCUCCGGCGUGGCUGCAGGAGAAUGCGCUUCCGCUACAAGAUAGCCUCCCUCCACCGCAAGGAGGUUCCUCCACGCUGUACCAACCACCGCCUCCCACGCAACCACUCCAGGCCUUCGCCCAUGCGCCACUACAGCCCGGGCAUAUGCAGGGCUAUUCGGUAAACAUGCCAAACGGGCAGCAAGGCUUCUUGCUUCUUCUGUCUCAAAUUCAAAUGCAGUAUACUCAGACUCCGUAUGAGUAUUAUCCACCAAGCGGAUCCCAGCAGGGCGUAUACCAGGCUAGCCAAGUGGAUUCAACUAAUGUCAGUACCUAUCAGCCUCGACCAGCGUAUUCGGCUCUGUAAACCAACCAUGUAUUCCUUUGGCUGUAGUUUUUGCUUUUUUCCUCUUCUCUCUUGGCCUGCUUAAUUUGCGCAUUAUUCACCUAAAGGAUCCCCGGCUGGCUGUCUAUUCUAUUCUGAGAGGUGAAAUAGGACACGCGGGGGCCUUAUUCUGUGGCGAAAUGGGAAAUUCAUUCCCCAGGGGAUACCUUGUAGCCGUUUGCCCUUGCGUACACUCCCAUCCCAUUUGUCGAUAUCAUGUGGAGAGAUAUUUGCCGCGAGAUUCUUUCGACUCCUCCGCUAACGUCUCGCUCUCGUCAUGGACCGGCGUCGAAGCUCGGACCUUGUUAAGCUUAGCCAUCACGAAUCAAGAAUAGUAUCCAUAGCAAACAU